GUCGAGUCGUACGGUUUGGAUACAUUUUGCCGCGAAAAUGUUGCGGCUUAUUUUAAUUUUUAAUGUACUUUGUAUAUUUUUUGUGGCCAGUUUGAAUAUCGUCAAUCCCGGUCCACAGUACCCACCGACGAAAGGGGAAGUGUGGCCAAAACCGCAACAGCAGAUAAAACAACAGACUUAUUUUAAACUAUCACCUUCAGUUUUUAAAUUUACGGAGACAGGGAAGACGUGUGGAAUAUUAAAAAAUGCCAUAUCACGCUACACGGCAGUGCUUAGGAGCACACACCACAUUGUGCGGAGACAUUCUAAGAAAACAUGGAAGCACGCGGAUACUCAGCAACUGAAUACGAAUCCCGACUUCAAAGGUACACUUGAAGAACUGCAAAUUAACCUGAGUAGACCAUGCGAGAUCUUCCCACACUUGGAUAUGGAUGAAAAAUAUAGUCUCAACGUUUCUGCAGUAUCGACGCUAACCGGUGACUCCAUUUGGGGAAUACUCAGAGGCAUGGAAACUUUCGCACAGCUGUUCUACUUGUCUGAUGGGUAUAAAGAGGUUCUCAUUAACUCUACACAAAUAGUGGAUUUUCCGAGAUACACAUAUCGAGGGCUCCUUAUCGAUACAUCGAGGCAUUACCUCAGUGUUGCCAACAUCCUUAAAACAUUGGACGCUAUGGAAAUGAACAAGAUGAAUGUUCUGCACUGGCACAUUGUUGAUGACCAGAGUUUUCCAUAUCAGAGCCAGAUAUUCCCGCAACUAAGUGAGCAAGGUGCAUAUGAUUCUUCGAUGAUCUACACGCGGGCUAACAUCAACAAGAUAGUCAAAUAUGCAAGAGACAGAGGGAUCCGAGUAUUACCCGAAUUCGACGUACCCGGACACACAAGGUCAUGGGGAGUCGCAUACCCAGAAAUUCUGACAAAAUGCUACCUACUCGGCGAAGUAGUCGGCUUGGGACCUAUGGAUCCGACUCAGAAUAGCACGUAUAACCUAAUAGGCGACCUGUUCCGUGAAGUACAAGAGGUAUUUCCCGAUAAAUACUUCCAUCUUGGAGGCGAUGAAGUCGCUAUGGAUUGCUGGAUAUCAAAUCCAGAGAUACUGAAGUUCAUGGACCAGCACAACAUGUCCCGUACCAGCGAACUGCACGCGUAUUUCAUGUCUAAAGUUCUUCCUUUGUUGGGCCAAAAAUCUAAGCCUAUGGUCUGGCAGGAAGUCUUCGAUGAAGGUGUGGCGUUACCUAGCGAUGCCAUCAUACAAGUGUGGAAAAGAAUUGGAGCGGAGGAUAUGGUCCGAGUAUUGCAAGCAAAACACAAGGUAAUAUAUUCAGCAUCGUGGUACUUAGACUAUUUGCACAAUGGAGGGGACUGGGACAAGUUCUACACAGUGGAUCCUCGACAGAUGAUCCCAAGGCAUUAUAAGGAUCUGGACCUGAACAAUAUACUUGGCGGAGAAGCUUGCAUGUGGGGCGAAGCCGUCGACGACAGAAACCUGAUAAGCAGGGUGUGGCCACGUUCUAGCGCAGUGGCUGAGAAGCUCUGGAGUUCGGAAUCACCACGAUUUAGCUUCUUCAGGAACAUUGCUAUUGAAGUGAACCGUCGCCUGGAAGAGCACGCCUGUCGUAUGAACCGACGCGGCGUACACGCACAGCCACCCAAUGGACCUGGGUUCUGUGUUGGAGCAAUAUAA